AUGGCAAGGCCUUGUGAUCUUCCGGUGCAGCAACAGCAAGCAGCUGCUCUUCUGCUAGCAUGCACGCUUGCUCUGCUCGCGGUGCAGCUGCAGCCCUGCAGAGCCCAGCAGCAGCAGCCUCCGUCGCCGGGCUACUACCCCAGCAGCAUGUUCAGGCCGCUGGGCUUCUCCGAGGCGUACCGCACGCUGUGGGGCUCGCAGCACCAGACGCUGUCGCCGGAUGGCAAGUCCCUGACGCUCUGGAUGGACAGCAGCUCGGGCAGCGGGUUCAAGUCCGCGCGGGCGUACCGGAACGGCUACUUCGGCGCGUCCGUCAGGGUGCAGACGGGGUAUACCGCCGGCGUCAACACCGCCUUCUACCUGUCGAACAGCGAGGAGUACCCAGGGCACCACGACGAGAUCGACAUGGAGCUGCUGGGGACGGUGCCGGGGGAGCCGUACACGCUGCAGACCAACGUGUACGUGCGCGGCAGCGGCGACGGCACCAUCGUCGGCCGGGAAAUGAGGUUCCACCUCUGGUUCGACCCCACCGCCGACUUCCACCACUACGCCAUCAUCUGGAACCCCGACCAGAUCCUGUUCCUGGUGGACGACGUGCCGAUCAGGCAGUACGAGAGGAAGACGGAGGCCACGUUCCCUGACCGGGAGAUGUGGGCGUACGGCUCCAUCUGGGACGCCUCCGACUGGGCCACCGACGGCGGCCGCUACCGCGCUGACUACCGGUACCAGCCGUUCGUGUCGCGGUUCGCCGGCCUCAAGAUCGGCGGGUGCGCCGCUGACGCGUCCACUGGCUGCCAACCAGUGCCGGCGUCGCCGUCGUCGGGGACGGCGACGCUCAGCGCGCAGCAGGAGGCCGCCAUGCGGUGGGCGCAGCGGAACUCCAUGGUGUAUUACUACUGCCUCGACGCGUCCAGGGACCACUCGCUCUACCCCGAGUGCUGA